AUGGACCAACAAGAGCAGAUUAAUGCGGCAUUAAGAGAGGAUGUUGACUCUAUAAAAACAACAAUGGGUAAGCUCCUCGAGCUGUUCCAAAAUUUGGCCACCAAGGAAAGUACCGCUCAACCGCCAAGGAGUACGGAAUGGCCUGAACUCGGCCUUCCUAAGGGCUAUACUCCUCUAGUAGAAGAAAGUGACCCAACUCAGACUCCUGUCAUAAUACCAGCCACAAUUGGAGACCCUACUCCCCAAGGGGUUUUAAUGGGCCAAAAAGGAAGUAGUCAACCUCGUCAUGCAACCAAUGAAGUGGUAGGUUAUAUGCCAAAACAAUCAACAACUGUCAAUGCUCACAUUGAUAUUGAACCUGCUCAAAUAUACCGGGCUUUUGAAGAAAGACUAAAGGUUGUAGAAGGUUUCAGUGCUUAUGGGGUCGAUGCUAUGGACAUGUGCUUAGUUCCAGAUGUGGUCAUCCCUCCAAAAUUCAAAGUACCUGACUUUGAGAAGUACAAGGGUGUCCAUUGCCCAAGGAAUCACUUGAAGAUGUUUUACAGGAAGAUGGCUGCGCACGCCACUGAUGAGAAGCUUAUGAUCCAUGUGUUCCAAGACAGUCUAAGUGGAGCAUCAUUGGAUUGGUAUAUGCUAUUGGAGAGGACCCAAAUCCAGACAUGGAAGGAUCUUGCUGAUGCUUUCCUAAAGCAAUACAAGUAUAACUUGGACAUGGCUCCCAAUCGCAUGCAACUUCAAAAUCUCAUUCAGAAGAGCGGUGAAUCUUUCAAAGAAUAUGCUCAAAGGUGGAGAGAAUUGGCUGCUCGUGUGCAACCACCGUUGAUAGAAAAAGAAUUGGUUGACACUUUUAUGAGUACGUUGCAGGGUCCAUACUACGAGAAGAUGAUAGGGAGUAUGUCAUCUAGCUUUGCCGACAUGGUUAUGAUUGGAGAACGAGUGGAAGAGGGGUUGAAGAGCGGUAAAAUAAAAAGUGCCUCCAAUGGUCAGGAUGGGGCAAAGAAGUUCUCCAGCAACGACGAUAAGAAGAAAGAGGGAGAAGCUAAUGCUGUGGUGGUAGGAUCAUCACAAAUGCCUUUGACUCAAAUGCCAUACUUCCAAUACCCGUAUGUGGCGGCUGUAGCCAAUGGGCAGUACCCGCAACAAGCAGGCUAUAUACCUCUGCCUCAGCAACCAUUAGUGAUACCUCAGCAGAAUCAUCAUCAGCAACAAAAUGGGUACCCUCGGAAGUACCAAGAUGGGCCUAAAAGUAACCAUAAGAGGAGACACACACACUUUGAUCAUGUACCCAUACCGUAUGGUCAAAUACUGCCGUACUUAAUCCAGAAAGGGAUGGUCGAACUAAAACCUCUUCCCCCCGUGGCACCACCUUACCCACCUGGUUUCAAUGAGAAUGCUAGAUGUGACUAUCACGAUGGGGCACUCGGACACAACAUUGAGAAUUGUAGGGGUUUUAAACAUAAGGUUCAGGAGCUUAUCGACCGCAAAUUGCUUUCAUUCAAAGAGGAAUCUGAUUCGUAA